GGCUCAGAGAGGCUGUGUCCUCCCAAUAGCUAUCAGGUGCAGUAGAAGCUGCAGAUACCUGCUCAGCUGCUGAAGCCUUUAAUCAUGGAAAGACGACUCCUAAAGAAGGAAAUGAAAAAGCUCCUGGGAGAUUAUAUUGGCAUCAGACUUCGGGAAAAUGAAUUUGACCCAAAAGGAAGAAGGCAACUCACCUUUCUAGAUGAUAUGGCACACUACGACUCGGCCAUCAGCGUCGCUUUGCAAUGGCUGGAUCGCUCCGAAGACUUAGCUUGGCUGGAGUGGGAGACAGUGAAAAGGCCAUUUCGUGGCCGACCCACGUAUCCGAACCACAGAGAAAGAGAAGCAAUGAUUUUAUCAUCUUAUGCUGGAAUCUUAAUGAACAGCAUUCCAAUUGAAGAAGUCUUUAAAAUUUAUGGGGCGCAUUCUUCUGCCAAUUUUGGUGUUUCUAAGGUUCCCCGAGCUCCACCUUUCCGCCUCUCCGUGCACCCUUUUGCCAUGUUAACAGCACCCAAAGCAGCAGAGUAUGCCCGCAAACAGAGUGUCAAGUUAAGAAGGGGAGCAACGAAUAAAAAUGCCACCAGCAGCUCUACAAGGGAAGCAAACGACACAGAACAGAAAUCAACAAAAAAUCUAUCUUUGGACACACAACCAAAGAACAAAGUCACUUAGAAACUUGGAAUUGCAUCAUGGGACUUCAUAAUACAGUCUCUGGCAGAGGAAAAGAAACAUCUUAAAACUGCAGCUCUUGCCAGCAUAUUUUUCUUUACAGUUAGCUUGGAUGCAACAUGCACUGUAGUAUGAUUUUUGGAUGUUGAGCUUUCUCUCUUAGAAUCAAAUUGUAUGGCUACAUUUGGGUUUUAACAAUGUGUGUAUCUUAUGCUACUUCAUAACUGGAAGACCGUUGUGAGUGGAAGACCAUUGGUUGGAGAAUUCCAAGAAUGUUUCUAUGUCAGAGCAGGCUGUUUUUAGUACAUUUUACAAAUGUUUACCCCUGAAUAUUGCAAAGUGGUUGAA